AUGGAAGGGCCAGGAGAUAUGCGUCGGAUGCCCCGAGGGGAGAGAUGUCCUGAAUGCGGUAGCCAGAGAUGGUACCUGCAAGACGGACUGAGGUUUUGCUCUCGGGGCCAUCAGAUCGAGGGGUUCAUCCAAUUCGAUCUUGGUGACAUUGAAGACUCGGGGAAAAUGGGAGCCGUGUCUCGGCGCGAGAAAGCCCCCAGAGCCAGGGGAAAGAGGGCGCCGAUGCUCACUGGCCAGGCGGGCCGAGAUCUCUACUUGGAGGCUCUCCAGUUGGUGAUCAGGAGCCAGGUAGCAUGGCUCAUCAACGAAAAGGGCCACAGGGAAGAGUUGGAGACUGUCGUUCGCGAUCUCUGGGACCUGCGCAUCAGAGGGUCCAACUCUGGCAUCGCCGAUGACGCUCAAGGAGACGACGAAGACUUGGCAAUCUUUAGCUCUGAGCCCUCACAAAAUGCAUCUUCAAGAGAAAGGCAUCCGACGGCCAGGAAGCAGAGCUGGGAUCCCGAACUGGGCUUGCGAUGGCCGUUGCCGCGUGUUCCCGACACACUAGCAAUCUGCUACCUGGGCUGCAUCCUCUUGAGGAUACCGACUCAUCUCGGAGAGGUCAUUCGUUGGGCCAACAGCGGGAGCAUUCCGUACAAGAAAUGCUAUUAUAACCUGCCCCAGGAAAUGAGGGAUCGAAUGCCUGCCGCGUACAUAAGAGUCUUGAAGAUGCCCUUCCGCACCACGACCAAAGGUGGUGAGUUACACAGGUCUGUCAUGGACUUGGUACUCUCAUAUGACUUCAACUAUGGCCUGGUCUUUCCGGAGAUUAAUCACAUUCCGGAGCUGGUACAAUUUGCAAAGGAGCUUGCGCUGCCCAUUGAUUCUAUCAUAGUGGCUCGAAAACUGGCGUCAAUCUUGGGCUAUCAAUUUCACUUUCCGACUGAACGGUCCUCAAAUCCCCGGCUGGAUUAUCCAGAGAUACGACUCAUGGCUCUGCUCAUCGUAGCUACCAAGUUGUAUUUUCCCUUUCCUGAAAACUCCUCGCUAUCUCGCGUUCGGAGUACAAGUUCCUUUGAAAUGCCUACACUUGACUGGGAACGAUGGCGGCAAGGCAAAAGAAACUUGCCAACACAACACGAGAAGAGGACUACCAAGUUCGACUUUGACAAGGUCACCCCCAGCCAGGUGGUAGCCAUGGCAGAUGACGAGCUGGACGCGUACUUUGCUCAUGUUUCCAGUCUCAUUGACAGCACCAGUGAGCUUCAAUGCAACGUGAUCCUGCGUCUGAGUACAAAGGCUAACUCACAACAUCUAGACGACAACCCAAUCACGAAGUUCUUUCCAGUCGAAGAACUACCAGCAAGCACAACCCAAGUGGAGGAUGUUUCUGCAAAGGACUUGGAUGACGCCGUCAAGAACCUCCUGAGCCAGACCCUCGAAUACAAUCUGCCCGAUGCAGUUGAAGGGGCCGAAUUCAAGCCAUCAGCUAUGCCGAGAUAUGAAGCAUUCCGUAGAAUUGAGCAUCUCUCUGAGACUGCCAAGGAGCUAUACACAGCGGCAGGUAAGUAUACACUCGGCACAGAUUACCACAUCACUUAUACACUGGACAGCCAGCUGACAUUCCAUCCUGAAGGCUUAGUGGUAGGGGCCUCUCUUGAGACCAUGACGGACGCCGUUUACAGGAUUGAGCGGGCCAUGGUGGUAUGGCAAAGCAAGCAGUUGGGCACAGGAAGCCACUAUUAG